AUGUCUUACAUAUUUUUAAAAGCUGUUUUAGUAAUAAAGAUAAAUAUAAUUCUGCUAAUAAAUAAUUAUAUCUAUUCAGGAUAUUUAUCUGACAUGGACAAGCCUUUUUAUAUAGGUAUAGCGUCUUCACCGCUAUAGCGUGCCUUGACGUAUGCAUCUUUGCAGUAACUUGGAGCUCUUAUGAGCUACCUAAAGGCGAUAAAUCAAUUCCAACUUGACUCAAACACAUCCUUUUGCAAUGAUUUGUCAACUUGGAGCUGACUUGUCGCCUUUAGAUGACUCUCCAAAACUCCAAGUUGCUACAAAGAUGCAUGCGUCAAGACACGCCAUCGCAGUGGAGACGCUGUAGUGCAAUUGCUGCUACAGUCGGGACAGCAUGGAUUCUUUAUCGCUUUUCCGAUGACCGUACUCCCAAUAAUAACUUUUUAAGCCAAAAAGAUGUAAUCAGUAUUUUGAGGGACCUUCAUGAAGAACUCAACCAAGUUUACAUCGCCAUAGCAGCUUAUUCAAAAAAUAUUCAAGAAAAAAGCAACUACCUAGUAAAUGAAGGAAAAAUAAAAGAAAUCGUAUUCCAGCAUACAUGCAUACCUAAGCAAAUAGAAAAGGCAGAAAGCAAAGUGUAUAAAAAGUAUUCUACUACAGAAGCACUAUUUAAAAACGCUUGCAAAAAUAUUUACAAUAAUAAUGAAGAAAUUGCCAAUAUAAUGAAAGGUAUGCAAGAAAUUUUUGAGAACUCAUUCAAAGGAAUUAUGCCUGGAAAAUUUGUCCCAGAUUUUUUCAAUGCUGAAGCCACAUUAAACUUAUUAGAAGAAAGUUAUGAAGUUUCAAUAAGAGAAAUCUGCAAUCAAAUAGAAAGUUGACGAGAAAGUGGAAUGCAGAUCGAGGUGAUUAAAAAUAUGUACAAAAAUAAUAAGAGUGAGAUUAACAGAAGAAUAGAUGAAGCAAAAGAAACUAUUUAUAGAAAAUUCAAUAUAGCAAAGUUUCAUGAACCGCCUGAGAAGAUUGUUCAAAAUGCAAUUAAGAAAUAUUGCUUCAAUGAUCUUCGAUUUAAGCAAAGGAUCGAAGAGAUGGAAAGAAAUUUCAAAUCUGAAAUGGCAACUUUAAUUUAA